AUGAACCAACAGAAUCAAGGAGCUGGCGUUCCAUCAAAUGUUCCAAUGAAACGAAAACGUGGCCGACCACGAAAAGAAGAGAAUGUAAUUCAUGGAGUGCAUAAACCUGAGAAUGUGCUGAACUUCAAUCAACCAGCCGGCAUAAUGAAUAAUCCCGACUGUGGAAUGUUAGGGAAGAUGGUCACUGGUGUCAUCGAAGCAGCUUUCAAUGAUGGAUAUCUUGUUAAUGUUAAGGUGGCAGAUUCUGAUUCUUUUUUGAGAGGCGUAGUGUUUCUUCCAGGCCAAUUUACUCCAGUUACCGCAGAAAAUGAUGUGGCCCCUCAUGUUCAAAUGAUCCAAAGAAAAGAGUUUCCAAUUCCAAUGUCAAUGCCAAUGCCAAUGCCAAUGCCAAUGCCAAACCCUCAGACUAAUGAAGUACACGUUACUCUUCCCACAUUGCAACCUAUUCAGCCACAAAUACCGGCGCAUUUUCCUGGGGUGCACGUUCUACCACCGACCGAGGUUCAUUCUAACAUCUCAGUUCCAGAGGCUGAGCAAGUGAAUCAGUGUAACUCUCUAAAACCUGAGAUGGAAUGUGAAAAAACGGUUGAACUUGAUGCAUCCACACAGGUAGAAGAAUCCAGUGCUGAUCCACGGCCUGCAUCUGAAACCAUGAACCUGUUUCCAACAAUUGGAAACACUAAUAACGAGCUAAGAAAUGAACAACAAGUGUUUCCUUCUGAGAAUCAUUUGAGUGAGUUGGUUCAUAACGAGCCAAAUAAUUCAAAUAUUGAACUCAACUUGGUUCCUGUAUCUGCUGAACCCGAAUCCAUGCCAUCUGAACAUAAUAACAAAUCUGUUGAAAUUUUUGGGGAGAAGCAGACCUUGCCAGAAACAGAUUUACAAGAAGAUGCAAAUACAAAGCCUGUUUCGAUUGAUACUUUGAGCAACGUCGAUAACAUCUCAGACUCAAAUGGAAAACCAAGUUCUGGUAUUGCUAAUAUUCUUGAACUGGUACCAAAUCAUGCAGUUGAGACCCACCAACCUGAAUCCAUGCAAUUUGAGCAGAUUGGUCAGUCUGAUCCUUCUGACAUCAAGCUUUCAUCUGAAGGAUGUAACUUCAUGGAGAAAAAUGAUCCUCAAAACUUCAGUUCUCAUGGCGACGUCAAUAAGGUUGAUUUCGAGCAUCCUAUAGCUGAAUCUUUAGUUGAUGCAGUGCCUUCUGAAAACCAGAUUGGAGCAGGCACUUGA